CGGCCGUAUAAAUGUUAUCGGUAUUCAUGCGUAGGAGACCAAGAUUUCAUUCACUGCCACACAAUUUAAAAAAGUGGUCAUUUCUGAUCCUAAUCAUAUGCUCAUUCAUUGUCAUUACUCUCUACACGCAGCGAGAUGGCACAAAACCAAGAGCAGAGGAAAUUUUGGAAAACUGUCAGUGCGUCGACGCGGAUGGAAAUACUUAUGACUUUUGUUAUCACCUACCUGAAGAUAGGAGUAUUCGUGCGAGAAGAUUUUUUUGCAAACACUUACCAAUAAUCAAAAAAUUUGGUCUAUUAGACACAUACAAAUUACCUCUGACUUGGAAACCAUCUCCUCCAGUGUUCGUUACCGCAUUCUCAGAAAAUCAUCAAAAUGAAUCUUUAAAUCUUAUCAAAAGUGUUGCACAACACUUUAUCAACCAACGCAUGAUAGUAUACGAUCUAGGAAAUGUAGAUCUUGAUUUGUUCAAGGAAUGGAAAUUUCUUGAAUUUCGUAAAUUCAACUUCGAUGAAUAUCCCGCAUACGUAAAGUCGCUAAGAGAGUUUAGAUGGAAGCCGUUAAUUAUUGCGGAAACUCUUCUCGAGUUUGGUGCUAUUUGGUACAUGGAUAGUUCCGUAGUUUUCAAAAAAGGUGAUCUCAACCACGUCUAUGAGCUUGUGAAAUGUAGAGAAACUGUCAAAGAACGACCUCCUCUGUUGUCGUCGGAAGAAAGAGACGAACGCGAGAACCGAACACCGCUUGAAAGCGAUUGGGACAUUCCGCAGUAUCGAGAAAAUCUUGCUGAAUGCAGAAAGGCCGCGUGUUUGCUUCAUAAAUACACGGGGUAUGGCAUCUAUCCUGCCACUUCACCAAUUAUAUACGAAUACUUCCCAACAAACAAGGAAGAAAUCAAGAAACCGAAAGCGAAAAUGUACGAUGCUAAUCUGAUUUUCGUUGCUCAAACAAAGGAUACAGUUGAACAGAUCUUGAAAUGGCUUGUGCUCUGCGCACUUGAAGAGGGCUGCAUGGCAGGCAUGGGUGGUGAAACAUCUUUCUGCGACUUCAAAAAUUUUUUCUCGCAUGAACCAACAUGCCACAGGGUACUUGCCCAAAUGGAGAAGGAAACCGAGAGGCCGAGCUUGAGUUUUUGUAUGGCACAUUGACAACCGCUUGAUACACACUGUCAAACAAUGCCAUGUGGACCGCUUGACACACAUGGUGUGUCAAGGUUUGACCAAUCCGUGCUGAAUCUUUUAGCUGCCAAUGCUUUUUGGUAUGAUAGACACUAUUAUGUAAGCGAGAUUGUUGAUUUUUUCAAUAUCUCGAAACAAUCCUGAUGAAGUUUGGAUUAGAAAACUGCAAUGGGCAACUUUUUCUACCUUUUCGGUAGUUGUUUUAAAUAGGUUUUUUGGGCGCUAUAUGGGAUUGAAGAUAUUUAAUAUUGUGUGUUACUUGAUUCUACAGUUACCGCACCUAAAAACUUCUAUUGUACUUUCCUGGAAAGCCAAUUGAAAGUGUUCAUUCUUACUCUUGACACAAUGUCAUAGCAUUGAGCUUCCUUCCCAAGAUCUGGUAGCUUAUAUUCUCACAAUUAUCCAAGAAAAGAAAAGAUCAUUGGAGAUGUUAAAUUUUCACUUUCAUUGAUGUAUCUACCAC